AAGUUGGACCUGGUCCUUCAGAGAUAAAACUAUCUGUGCACUUUCACAACACUUUUUUCAUGACUGCGAUGGCCAGGGUGACAUAUUUCCAAACGGGCAGCAGACUGACACCUGGUCACAUAUUAGUGUGGAGUGGAUAGUGUCCAGGCACUUUCAACAAAGACCGAUGACCCUCAGGCCAUAAAAACGAAAAGCACAGGGAGAGAUAACCUAUUCAUAGAUGCUAGCUAACUUUAGAAUCUAUUCACAAAGGCAUCUUCCUUCCGAUGGGGGAGGUUUUAUUUAGAGCCCGACUUUCAACCUGAACGGUAACACGCAUUGCUUUCAGUAUGGUGGUGGAAACAUAAGGACCUUAUCUUUCAUAUCAGCGUGAGGCACCGGCUGCAGCAUCCUCUCCGCCCUGCAGGACCUACCCUCCGCUCCUUGGCCUGUACUCCGAUCCAAGAUGGAGAAACACCUUCAGGUCAUCUCAGUUCUGCAGUGGGUAAUCAGCUUCCUCGCCAUGGGUGCCGCUGGCACUGUGCUCUUAAUCUACAUGUUCUGCACAGACCUCUGGGUGAUCGCUGCCAUGUACACUGCCUGGCUUAUCUUCGACUGGAACACCCCCAAACAAGGUGGCAGGAGGUCCUCUUGGGUGAGGAACUGGACCAUGUGGACUUACUUCAGAGACUACUUCCCCAUCAGGCUCAUCAAGACACACAACCUGCUGCCAAGCCGAAACUACAUCUUUGGCUACCACCCCCAUGGGAUCUUCUCUUUUGGAGCCUUCUGUAACUUCGGAACAGAGGCCACCGGCUUCUCUAAGAAGUUCCCGGGCAUCAAGCCUUCCCUGGCCACCCUGGCUGGAAACUUCCGGAUGCCAGUCUUUAGAGACUAUCUCAUGUCUGGAGGUAUCUGCCCAGUGAACCGUAACUCCAUUGACUACCUCCUCUCUCAGAAUGGAACUGGCAAUGCAGUGGUCAUUGUUGUCGGGGGAGCAGCUGAAUCUUUGAACUGUGCUCCAGGAAAGAAUUCUGUCACCCUGAAUAACCGCAAGGGCUUUGUGAGGUUAGCCCUCCAGCAAGGGUCUGACCUGGUACCAGUCUACUCCUUUGGGGAGAACGAUGUGUACAAACAGGUGAUCUUCGAGGAGAGAACCUGGUGGCGGCUGGCUCAAAAGCGACUGCAGAAGAUUAUUGGUUUUGCGCCCUGUCUGUUCCAUGGCUGUGGCUUCUUCUCCUCCGAUUCCUGGGGAAUGGUGCCUUACAACAAACCCAUCACCACCAUCGUGGGUGAACCGAUCACAGUGCCAAAGAUUGAGCAGCCUCCUCGGGAUAUGGUGGAUCUGUACCAUGCCAUGUACAUCAAUUCCCUCACCAGCCUCUUUGACAAGUAUAAGACCCGCUUCGGCCUGAAGGAGAGUGACAUCCUGCACAUCCAUUGAGAAAGGGUCAGCUGUGGCAGCUGUCUGUUCAGCCCUGCCCCUCCAUUCACUUGCCUGGCUCUGAUUGAUUGUCUCUGGAAUUCAAUCUAUAUACAUUAAGCUGUGUGUAUAUAAACCCACCGCGCUCUCAGCAACACUCACGUCAGUCCUCCACUCAGGAUGAAAAUGGCAGGUCUUAGGUUACCUUACUAUUCUCUCUGACCUAGUCACUGUCAAUGGCAAAGUUGACUAACUUCCAUUUAUUGAAUAUUUUAUUGAGUGUAUGACACAUCUAUAGAUGUGUUCCAUGACAGAAAAGAUGAGGGAGUAUAGUUAAGGUAUGAUCCCUUGAUUUAAUGUGCAGUGGAACUCCCACUAGGUGGCACUAGAAGGUUACACAAGACACACACAAGCGCCAUCUUUGUUUCCUCCAUGCAUCCAUGUCAUUUUCACUUAGAAUAGGCCUGUACAACGAAUGUGUUAAGUGCCCCGAAAGGUAAAUAUAGGAUGAUGUUUUGAGACCUUAAUUUUUGUUGUUGUUGCUAAAUGCACAAACAAUGCAAUUGUAAGGGUGAUGCCUUAGUGAGAUGUUGAUAGUGUGGUUUAUUGAGCCAACGAGCUGAUGGGUGUCCCCUCCCCACACAUGCACACUUCAUUGAAACUUGAAAGUGAAGGAAUUCUAUUGAAUGGAUUUAGAUUGUGCAUAUUGGUAAUACAAUCUGAUUGUGUGAUGGAACUAAGUAUUAAUUGUAUUUUGUAAAUAAGAACAUUUUCAAUGAAAAUUAAUAUAUUGAUGCACUUUUUGUAUUUGUGACAACCCUCUGAGGUAUUUCUCUAAAACAUGCCUUUGAAAGAGUCCUAUGUCAAAUUUGCCAAUUUCUAAGAGAAUCAAAAUGGUGCUUUUGUCAUUUAACCUUGACCUGUGUUUUAGUUUUGUUGUACAUUUCUCCACAUGAGUGUGUUGACUGGGUUGCAGAGUGUUACCUAGUGCAUUGAGGCCCCAUGUACUGUAGUGAUGGUGAUGUAAGAACAAUUUCAGGGUGAAGAACAUUUCUUCCUCUACCCAGAGGGCAGAUUACUGAUUAAUGAAAUUAAGAGAUUGCAAAGCAUAUGCCUUAUUUAAAAAAAAAACUACAUCUCAAACUUCUUAGGGGGCUUCCACUCAAUUGAGUAAAAUGGCAAAGGGGUUGCUAUCACAGAUUUGAAUUAGAGUAUAAAAGUCACAAAUCCCCCAGUAAUUACCAAGAAGUGUUUGAGAUAAAUCAUUUUUUCAUAUGGGGCAUAUCAAGUCCAUUAUCCAGCCAAUGAUCCUAGGUGAAGAAAUGUAUGUAUGUUGUAUAUUAUGCAAGAUAAAAAGACUACAAGAUUUCACCUCAUGGCAAAAUAAUUGAGAUUGGUGAUAAAUAGUGUGUCAUUCAAAACUGAAUUUCUUCUAGAUUCAUCGGGGACUUUUUGCAAAGAGCAGUGAACAUCCUCUCCUAAUUCAUGUGCAAUAAAUACAGCAAUAAAUAGCAGCCAAUGCA